AUGGCGGGGAACAGGCGUGCAGCCCUCUUAGUUCGUGCGCGUGUGAAUACCUGCCCUUGGGUUGCUGUCUCUUCAGGGAGGACGAGAGGUUUUCCAUUUACUCUCGUUUCAGUCCCUGCAUGCUGCUCAGCUCGCUACAAUCUAGCACUACUGGCCUUUUUCGGGUUCUUCCUCCUGUAUGCAUUACGUGUGAACCUAAGCGUUGCUCUGGUGGAUAUGGUAGAACCUAACACAAGCUUAGCAAAGAAUACUACUUCCAAUGUGUGUCCAGAGCAUUCUUCCACCAUAAAUGUUCCUCGCAACACAACGGGGAAAAAGUAUUCUUGGGACGCAGAUACUCAGGGAUGGAUCCUUGGAUCUUUUUUCUAUGGCUAUAUCAUUACUCAGAUUCCAGGAGGAUAUCUUGCAAGCAAAAUGGGAGGGAAGCUGUUACUGGGGUUUGGCGUUUUUGGUACCUCUGUAUUCACCUUGCUUACUCCAUUAGCUGCAAAUUUGGGAGUUGGCUACCUCAUAGCUGUCAGAGCCUUGGAAGGACUGGGAGAGGGUGUUACCUUCCCAGCUAUGCAUUCAAUGUGGUCUUCUUGGGCUCCUCCACUGGAACGCAGCAAGCUCCUUAGUAUUUCAUAUGCAGGUGCACAGUUGGGAACUGUUGUGUCUCUGCCACUGUCUGGUUUAAUUUGCUACUACAUGAACUGGGUUUACGUGUUUUACAUAUUUGGUGCACUUGGCGUAUUAUGGUUCUUCUUCUGGAUGUGGUUGGUUAGUGAUACACCAGAAACUCACAGGAGCAUUUCACGUCCUGAAAUAGAAUAUAUACUAUCUUCUCUAAAAGAUCAGCUUUCUACACAGAAAUCUGUUCCCUGGAGACCUAUACUGGCAUCCCUUCCGCUCUGGGCUAUCGUUGUGGCACACUUCUCUUAUAAUUGGACUUUCUAUACACUUCUUACGCUCUUGCCCACAUACAUGAAGGAGAUUCUGCGGUUUGAUGCACAGGAGAACGGGUUUUUAUCUGCCCUACCUUAUUUUGGCUGCUGGUUAUGUAUAAUUCUGUCUGGGCAAAUUGCUGAUUAUUUACGGGAGAAACAGAACUUGUCCACUGUUUGUGUUCGCAAAUGUUUUACCUUAAUAGGAAUGAUUGGACCUGCAGUGUUCCUAGUAGCAGCUGGAUUCAUAGGCUGCAACUAUGCACUGGCUGUUGCAUUCGUGACGAUAUCAACCACACUAGGAGGGUUUUGCACAUCUGGCUACAGCAUCAACCAUCUGGACAUAGCACCUUCGUAAGUAUU